CCGCUGUUGCCAGUCGCUAUUCGUCUGACCCGAAUAUUUUUACUCGUUAAACGCUGAUAUUGAUCGCGAUAACGCGGACAACCGUAUCUCGGGAGCCUUCAUUGUUUCGGCAAAUUGCAAUUAAAAUGGAACGGCGCGAAGCAGAUAAAUUGGGUACACGAGUUAGAAAAUCGCAAAGCGUUUUAGCGAAAUGUUGCGAACGUAAGAAAUAAUUCUUUCGGGGAAAUAUUAAAUUGACUAUCGAAUAUUAGAAAAAAAAAAAUGAGAGCUCCCGCGGAAUUUAUUUUUGGUAAAUUAAUCGAUGAAUUUCUGGUGCUUCGUGAAACUUUUAUUGAAAUUAAACAGCGCAGAGCAGACAAAUCGAGAUACAUAACGAGAUAGAAGUACUGGAAUUGGCUUGGUAAUACAUUUAAAAAUAUAUUUUACUCGUAUGAUUACUCUGACAGAAUAUUUCUUGCGGAAAUAAAUUAAUCUUUAUGAUUCUGAUUUUUAUGUUCUUUGAGUAAAAAAUGUGGUGUUUGUAUGUCUCAAGUUCUGUAGGGUUCGAUAAGUAACGCAAAACCUGACGUUUCUUGUUAAGUUUAUUUAAAUAAUUUAACGUUUCCAAAGACACUUCUAACCAGUUCGAAUUGAAUUUAACGAUGCCAAUAGUUUUGAGUGACACGUGAUUCACGAUCGCUUAUGGAUCAAUCAUUCCGCCAUAAAUCCAUAGUUGAAACGAUUACUGUCGUUUCGUUUGUUGGUUUUUGCGCGAUUAUUAAUCGCGGCAAACGGCGAGGAACAUGAAGUAACACAACAGCGUGUGCUCUAAGCGAGUUUAUCGCGGUUUAAAUUAUACACCGCCGCUAACCGUUUCAGCAGAACAUUCUUUCUUAAUGAGCGACUUAUUUCGCGUUCGCCGUUGCUCAUAUUUGGGUUAACGUAUGGAGGAAUGUUCCCCUAUAUGCGAUCCUGUCGCAGGAUACCGACAUUUUUUCCACGACGCGGUCACAUUAUUCAUAAAAGUAUCGAACAGUCAUAAACUUAUAUCAUCAUAAACUUAUAAUUUUGCGAAAAUUAAUUUUGUCCAUUGCUCGUAUCUAUUUUAACAAUUAUUUAACGGACGAUCAUUAAGGGAUAUCGGUACUCAGCAUGUCGUCGGUAAUACUAGCUUACAAUUUCCGUCGCCGAGGAAUACGAUUAAUCGAUGCAGAUCAAUCACCACGAUGGCAACGAUAUAUUUGCCUUGUAAAGAAUUAUCACGAACGCGGACACCACUGUAAUUACGGAAGACUCGACCACGUACGUGUUCACGUGGGAAACUACGCUCUCGCGUUGGCAUACUUUCGUAAACGCUACCCGUAUCAAUAAUUACAUCGAUUUGAUAUUUUAACGAUUUCCCGAAUAUCCCACAUUCGACACGCUUCUCGAGUAAAGUAUCAAAAAUAACAAUGAAGAACUCCCGUAAAAUCAACUACCGUAUUUUACGGACUAUAAAAUGCACAUUUUUUCGUCGAAAAAUUGCCUCCAAAUUUCGGGUGUGUCUUAUACUCGAAAUUAAUCUAAAAAUGUCCAGUGCCUGAUGUAAAUAAAAAUAUUUCACUAUAUGAUAUCACUAUAUAUAUAUUCACCUUCUCAUCAAUGCAUUUCGUAAAUUCUAUAUAUUUCAAGAAUCUAAAAUAAUGCAUGUUUUAAAUUUGACUUUCGACAGACCGUAGAACAUGUUCAAUGAACUAAAGAGAACCACACAACUCACCCAAAAUAUCCACCUCGUAAGAGCCAUAGUUGCUCCGCAUCGAAAUAAUCAUUGAUCGUCUCUCGAAGAUCACGAUCGCUGACGUUUAGCCGGCGUAUCGAAUCGCGGCGCCAUUAGCGGCUUAAAAAUCGCCUUCUCUCGUAACACUUCAUUCUAAACGUGUUUGUUCUCUCAAAUAUAAACCGGUCGAUCGAGUGUGGCGACUCCGCUGCGAUUACGCGCGCCGAUUCCGCGCAUUACGUCGGGAAUCCGUCGAAACGUGACACCAGGUUUCUACAAACGUAGACAUUUUUCUUUUUUUUUUUUUCAAUCCGACCCGUGCGACGCGUUUUAAUAAUACCUGAUUCUCCGUAGGACGCGCCUGGUGACGCAAUCUAGGAAACGACUGCUCGAACGCGAACCAAUGAUAUUUCACCCACAUUCGAUAGCCUUCGAUUCUGUUUCAUGUAUGUAUGGAAUGUGCAUUUACAUGCGACAAGUUACCGUUUCCUUCGUUCGAUGGUGACGAUCUUGCAGGGCAAAUGGAUAAAAGAUAUAUUCGUGUCGCUUUUAAUUGAUUUACGAGUUCCGUAUUGUUGAAUCAUAUAAGAAGAAGAAAGAAAGAAAGAAAAAAGUUACAUUAAAAUAGAAACAAGUAUAGCGCUUUGAGGCCCACUAUGCCUAUCCAACUCUGGUAAAAAUAAUCUCAGAAAUCAUAAUACUACACAAGUGACAUUCCAAAUGAGCAGAACGGACUAACGCUACCUUUCCUCCUCAUCGUUAUUAAACACAAUUUACCAGGAAACAUUCGUUCACGUGGAUUCUUCCAGUUGGAAUCAUCGAGCACGGAUCGAAAACACACUGUAACCCUAACCGAAAAAGAAGUAGAGACUCGUGCGCGCAGCUCUACUUACUCGCGGGAUGCUAAUUGGAAGAGCAGCCAGCAAACGGAGGUAGCUCAAAGAAAGAGACGAGGAAAGCAAGGGUGGACGAAGGAGAGAGGACGCGAGACCGGUCCAACGCGAUCUCUUAGUCGAUCUCAACGUCGAUCGAAUCGUCGCGAACGGUCGUCGAACAUCGCUGCUACCGAUUUAAACGGUCGAGGUGUCGAUGACUACUAUCCCGCUUAUGCACUUGCAUAAACCACCGGGACGUAACGCAGGAAGGAGCUAACGAGCCGCGCGAGCUAUAACGGGCGAUGAUGUCGUUGAGGAUAGAUCGAUCGUAAGAACAGCGCUGAGGAAACUGAGAGUUUCAUAGUAAAUGCAAGUGAUUUAGAUGAGUAGUAGAUGAGUUAGGAAAUGUAAGAUUACAAGUAGGGUAUGAGAAUCGCUGUGGAUCAUUUGUAUUUGCUAUUUGGAGGUGGUGGAGCUCUUAUCACUUGGAUUUUUAGUAUUUUAACAGGUGAUGAUGUCACCGAGUCAACAAUCUGAUCCGUUAUAAGCAUAACAACGCUGAGACAUUAACAAUAUUAAAAAAAAUAAACUCUCGAUCCAACACGUUCCAAUCGAUGAGACGACAAAUGUAAGUUUGCAACUAGAGGAAGCAAGUUCCAGUAGAUGAAGCGAUAUCAGCCACUUGGUGUUAACAAAUCUCCUAACAAUCUCUAUCCAUAAUUCACAUUUCAUCAGCUCGUCAUCGAGUCUAGGAUCUGAUCGAUCGUCGCCUAACAGCGAUGAAAGUAGCAAGUUACCGGUAACAAAUAGAUCCUUGAAAUUGAUCUAUCCGUCGCUAGAUGAGAAAGCAUCUGCAAGUUUGCAAGCAGAGAAACCGAGGUUCGAUAGAUCGGUAUCCAUCUAUAUAGCUACUUGGAACUGACGGAUCUCCCGGUAAUUGGACUCUCGAUAAUUCAUAUUCAACUAAUUUAGCAAGCACUUGUCGAUGACACGGGAUCCGUGGAGACGGACCAGUCGAUGGCGGAAGCGUUUUAAGUUCAACACUUGUACCUAUCCACCUUAAGAGCUGAUGAGUCAUUUGCGCAAGCACCGACUACUUUCAAAUUAUACUCGGCUUCAGUGAAAGUCAACAGAGGAAAGGCAACACGUGUUGCUGCGAAUAUAAAAAUCGCCCAUGAAACCAGACGCAAAGCCAAUACCAUCUAGCACUCGAACAGGAGAAAUAUCGAAUCAUGCAUUCGAAGAUGGAUGGAAUUCCUGCAGCGAAGGAAUCAUUUCAUAAUAGGGGUAGGUAAUGUUUUCUGUAGCAAUGUCAAGGUAGAAGCAAGUGAACACCUUUGAAUUCAGCAACGCCUGCUGCACAGUAGAAACCUCAUUCGUACCCAAACACUUUCGUCAACCAAAAAACUGGGUCUACACAAUUGCCACGCAUUCGAUCCAAAGAAAAAACAAAGAUACAAGUACCCAGUAAAGCUUAGUUCCGAUUGUUCCGUCUAUCAUCGAUACGUCUCGGGCGGUGAGACAGCAGAGCGGAUGCUGUAGACAAAGAGGCGACACGCAGUCCACUCGGAGGCUGCGAUCGAACGAAGACAGCAUCGCUGCUGGUGGAGGGGAAUUAUCGAAUGGUAAAGAGGAAGAGAAGUUUCAAAGAGUCAGCCAGGAGAGAGAGAGAGAGAGGAAGAGCGGAGAGUACAGCUGGUAUCGGCGACGGUGUUCGCAAAGGUGGACGGAGCCGCGAUGGUGAUACCGAUGCCAUCGGCCGUGGUAGCGCACAGUGGUGGUGGACGUCGAUGACUGGCGGUGGUGGUGGUCGAGUGAACGUCGAUGGUGGUGGUGGUCCAGGGCCCCAACACUUGCUCUUAAGAGAGAUUUGCCCCCUCCUGCCGCGGGCGGCGCCACUCGAGGAGAUCCUUUCCUCUUUUCGCCUCUAGGCCAUUCUCGAGAGGCGCGCGCGGCAACUCGGUGUCGCACGAUCGGUCCUCGUCGACCUUCGACCAAUACGCGCGCUUGUACGUGCCUGUACCAGCUUUUCCCGGGUGACUUUUCCGAAACUGACGCGACACGCGCUCACCUGGCUGAACUCGUGGCCGGUAACACGCCUGGCCCCGCGGCCGUCCUUGCCCCGACCUUCCCCUCCGCCCCCACGUGACACCGGUCGACCACGUGACUGCCAUCGGCCGUCGGGAUCUUCGGUCGUGGAACGUCAACAUCCGUCGCACUGCCCCAGGGAUCCUUCGACACUCUCGCCCGAGGAUGUCUCAGCGUGGACGUUGAUCGGGACCCUGUUACUGUUACGUAAUCGGUGCUUCCGUGACGGGUUCCUGGACAAGCUGACGCGUGUUAUCGUUCUUCCAGUGUUAUCGAUGUUCCAGGACUUGGAAAUAGUUUCUUGGUAAUAUUGAGCAACCAUCCAUCGGACUAGUGACAGUUUACACGUUUCACUCCCCAGUUUGAAAACUCUUCGAGGGUUAAAGUUUCGAUACUCUUCGUAUCUGGUGCAAGUGCGUCGAUGUUAACCACCGAAUGGACGUUUCGUAGGUGGUCACCCGUUGCGCAAACAAAUGACAGCGAACGCGCCGUUGUCACGUUUACAGAGGGUCUCGUAGAAUGCGUUCAACGAACGCACCGGAGACAAGCGCGAUCGCGAGUAAAAGAAUACGAGGCACCUCCGUCGAGGAACAGGAUCGUCGAGCCGCCAUGCCGACAGGAAGUGCACGCGAGCCGAUCGGUGCAAUCUCGUUACCGAUAGCCGUCCUGGAGUCUAUUCCACGGUGAAAUCAGGCCGUGUCUCGAGCGCCUAAGCUGAAUGUGAGAACGGUAGCCGGCGAGGAACGUACAAACGAGCUCGCCACGUGACUGCUCGGAACUGGCUGCGUUUUUGCGUCGCUGUAGACCGUCUGGGUUCAGCUCCCCGCGAUCUACCGCGUUUCAGUCGGAAUCACCGACGAAUAUCUGAGAUUCCGCGUGCUUUCGAGAGUGUCCUCGUUUCUCGAGACAUUCGCAGUGUCCGCGACUUCGAAAUUUUGCGGAGAACUGCGAACUUUCGAUGCUUGAUUCUUCGAUGCAAGGGGAAUAUCAUUUGCUCGAGCGUUUAAGGUGCGAAGGGAUCGUUGAUGCAAUUUGGUGGGAUUUAAUUACGCGGGGAAGCCGCGUUAUUAAGUUGGGAAGGGGACCGAGCCGAAAGAAUUCAGGUUUCCUGCCGUCAUCGAUCAGCGAAACCGGUGGAAAGCCGGGAGACUUUAAUGUCCGCGCAGGCGGGAUCGUUUUACGUCUGGUUUCGAAGACUCGGCCGCUCGGGCGCGUUAAAAAACGAUCGUUUCGCGAGGAAACCGCUUCAUCGCGACGAAAUACUGGUUCGUGCGAGCUCGAGGAAUAUUCCAGCUCGAACGGAUCAAGGCAACGAGGGACUCUGAAUUCUCUAAUCUUCACGGUCGGAUUGUGCUGAACUGGAUAGAGCUCCACGUGCACCAGCGACGUGACAGUUGGAUUGCGAUUCUUGAGAACCGGAUUGGCUAGAAUCGUUCAUCUCGACGGAAUCAGUGCCGCAGAAAUACUCGAGUUAAAUUGGAUUAAUGAAAGCUGGAACUAAAUACUCGUAGCUAGAUUCUAGAUGGAAGAAUGUUUUGUGCUUCUUUGCAGAUUGGUUAAAACUGCCUGUAUCAAUCCGCGUGGUCUCGACGGAAUCACGAGUGUCUGCAUUCGAGUUCAAACGAAUCGAUUUUACACUGCGAAGAGCAUCUUCCACGUGUACCACCGUCAUGAUACUUGAUAUUCGUGGAAUCACGAGUGUGUAAGGAAUAUUCGAGUUUAAAUAGAACCAUUCGAGUUGAAAGCAGGGACUGAUUACCCGUACCUUUCCACCUAGAAGAGUGCAUCGUCCACUUAAAUCGCAGACCAGUGGAGCUUCUCUGAAGCAUCCCGAAAGCAUCGGAAUUUCACUGAACACGAGCGUUGGGCAACAGGUGUUCGCGCCACCCUGGUCGUUCCAGCGACCUGCGCCGAAAGGAAAAAGAGGGUCAAGCUCGUUUGGAAAAUUGGACGCGGUCCUGUUCGACGGCGAACGGGGACCGUUACCGAAGACACGGCUGAUUCAUCGGUCCAUUGUCUUCGAGCGUGCUCGAGAGGAUCCUCGGUCGAUCGCGAAUACUGUAUCGUUGAUCAUCGUGCAUCGCUCCGGUCGACGUUGCGUUCGCAAAGAGAAAGUGAUUAAUAAUAAGGGCGUGUAAGAGUUCCGUGACGGAGGUUCGUGCGCGCGUGCAAGUGGAAUAUAGGAACCAGCGAACAGGUUGUUUACAUGGUUCCGUUGCCGGAGAAACGGGAGAAAACGGAAUCGAAGGGAGACUCUAUGAACCUGCAUCCGUACUCACUCGAACAGUGGAGGUGCCCCGUCGCCUCCUUUCGGCUGACACGCGGUGACCCGUCGAAGAAGAGGCGCGAACGUCCGCGAAUUCCGGUGAUCGAGGCAGCGUUCGCGGCAGCGCUAGGAAAAGUGGCUCAUCAUGUCCGUGCUCGAGGCUGGUGAAGCCGACAGAACGACCAUGUCACCUCUGGACGAAGUCGUGUCCCCGACGAGCGUCGAGUCGGAACUGAUGGUCACCGACAUGUUGGACGAGCACGAGACCACGUUGAACGAGCACAGGGACGGCAAGCGAAAAAGAGACACGGACGGCGAAGAGCUCACGCCUAGGAAACUGCCGUCGCUGACGAGGAACAACAAUGACGUGGGAUUCGUUCUCGAGGAGAACGCCGACGACGAUCUGCACGAGGACAGGGACGACGACCGUUUAACUGGUCACGGGGGUAUUUCCUCGCUGGGCGGUGGAAAUUCCUCGCCGUAUUCCGGCGCCCAUCACCAUGGGCACAGAGGCAAUGGGAACGGCAGCGGGAUGCCCCAUCACGGGGGCGCCUCCUUGCCAACCGCCUCGGACUUUCAACCCCCGUACUUCCCGCCCCCGUUUCCCUCGCACCACCACGCGCCAGCGAGUCCUCAGCAUCCAGGCCUCGGUCAGCCACAACAUCUCGACUACCUCGUCGGCGAUCCUUACACGCAGACGCUCAACACGUUGCAUCAACAUCACUACAACCAUCUGAGCGCCGCUGUUACGGCUGGCCAGAGGAGCGGAGACCUCAGAAGGGAUGCGGAGGGUAUCCACGUGUCGAACAUGCAUGCGUCGUUUCCGUACGACGGCGGACGCAGUAGUGGCGGCGGCGGAGGAGGCGGCGGUGGAGGCGGUGGCGGAAGGGGCGUCGAAUAUGGCGCCGUACGCCGUCCCGACGCUCUCCUGCCACCCCCAGGCCUCGACCAGACCGACCUCGUUCUCCACAGCAGCCUCGUAGACGACCCCCAGGUGAGCGACGAUAACACAAACGUGGACGAUGGAGGGUUCAUGAACGAUCUGCCUCUCCUAAAAAACAUGAAACCGUCAGACAGGAGCGAGAAGGCGAUGCUGAGCGGGAACGCGCAACCUUCGGACGUGUUCUGUUCGGUUCCUGGACGAUUAUCGUUACUAAGCAGCACCAGCAAGUACAAAGUUACGGUAGCCGAGGUACAAAGACGACUAUCGCCACCGGAAUGCUUGAACGCGAGUCUCCUUGGAGGAGUCUUACGAAGAGCGAAGUCCAAAAACGGCGGACGUCUGCUUAGGGAAAAAUUGGAAAAAAUUGGGUUAAAUUUGCCAGCCGGUAGAAGGAAGGCCGCCAACGUCACGCUUUUAACAUCGCUAGUGGAAGGAGAAGCCAUUCACCUUGCCAGAGACUUCGGCUACGUUUGCGAAACCGAAUUCCCUGCGAAACAAGUUGCCGAAUACCUCAGUCGGCAGCAUUGUGAACCGCAAGAUUCCUACAGGAGAAAAGAACUUCUUCAUGCCACCAAACAAAUCACCAAAGAGCUGAUGGAUCUUCUGAAUCAAGACAGAUCACCACUUUGCAACACACGGCCACAACACAUUCUCGAUCCAAGCAUACAGAGACAUCUAACACAUUUCUCUCUUAUAUCACACGGAUUCGGAAGUCCUGCGAUCGUAGCCGCUCUUACGGCAAUACAGAAGUUCCUAAGCGAGUCCCUGAAUCACCUCGAGAAGAUGUACCCAGGCAACGGUAGCGGCGUGACAAGUAGUCAACAGUCGAGCCUCGACACGAACAAGAGCAAGGACGGCACGUUGAUGAACGACAUGAAGAAGUGACGCCCAGAGGACCCGCCUACCUCGAACGUGGUCACUUCGAUCCGGCACUCCUGGCCGUACAACUGAGCUGUUCGUGGUCGUAACGGGCGCGCGAACAGCUUCCGGUGGACCACAGAAACGACACGUAUGUCCGCGAAACCACGAGCGUUUGUAUAAUAAUUGAGAAGCGCACUCAUUCGACAGGAAGUUAAGAGGGUGUGCAACGGAAGCGUCGCGGAUGUCCGUGUUCGCCGAGGUUGGCUGGUCGACGAGCGUUUUUUUUAGGUAAAUCAAUGAAACGAAGCCGCGCGAAGAUGUGCAAUCGCCCAAGUGAUGGAUCGAUCGUGGAGAUAGCGAUCGUGGGUCCACGAGGAUCCACGACGAAGAUCCGUCUUGGCCCGGUGGGAUGACACGGGACGACUUGAUUUCCCCUUUGUUUAGAGAAGCAACUCGGGGCGCACCAUCGAGGACGCUUCGAUGUCCCUGAUCGCGUACUCAUCGACGAACGUGCGUACUCGCGUAACGAAAUAGGAAUAACUUUUGUUCUUUCACUGCCUGUUCGUUCGAAACGCAGCCGUGCUGAUUCCGAAGGAACGUAUCGAUCGAUUCGACGGGAUCGUCGCGACGGACUCGCGAGACAGGUCUGGGGACUGUGUUAGUAUUGGUGAACGCUGGUGGGAGUUUGAAUGUUCUUCGAAGCUUGGGUAUUUGGAUAUCGUAUGCACUGAUCGAGAAUCUAUUGGGUCGUUUCAUAUGUUCAUACAUAGAAAUAUUAACAUUUUGAAAAUGAUGAUCGAAUGCCUGCACAGUAUUUGUUUAAAAAGAUCACUGCAUACCAAGGUUUUCUUUACGAACGUGAACCAAAAAAAUUCUACAUGAAAGAAAACACAAGCGAAAUGCACCCUCGUCUUCGAUACAAUGUAUAUGAUUCACUUCUUCUCGAAAUAAAUUCAGCGAUAAUGCUUCCCAGUAAUUUUCGACUAAAAUUAUUCGAGUUUCCCCAAGCCUGGCUCGCGUUUCGUCGCCACUGUUCGAAGCUUCGAAGCUUCGUCGAGUCUUCCCUCCCCUAAGUUCGCGUGCAUGCUCACGAAAUCCGUAUUCGAUCAGAGGAUAUAUCCGUGCGUGUACGAUUGUUUGUGAUAGGAAUAGUGAUAGUCGAAACGUUUGUGCAAUUGUUACGGUUAAUGCUUGGAAUUAUAGCCCUGUGUUCCGAACCUUGCAGUACAGUAACAGAAUCACAGUCGAAACGGGAACAUUCGUGUCGGUUCGUUCGAGGAUGAACAGAAGAAUCUCGCAUACUCGAACGCGACGAGCGUUUUACAUUUAUGCACAAUAGGAGCUAGGAGUUCAUUGCUAGUUCGGCGCUACGAGUGUAUCAUAAAAACAAAAUUGUAUAUCGCGGAGAGCUGAACUGGUUAGAAGUUUUUCAGUCGUUCGUAUCCUUGCAGCUCGCGAAUCGAUCGAUAAUUGGAGAAUACAUACGUAAACGUAUAAACACACACGCACGCGUACGCGCAGAGUACGACGAAGAAGAAACAAUUUACAACAGGCUUAUUUCACCGUAUAAUUUUUGGGUCGACUAUUUACAUUGCUCAAGCAUCGUUAUUCUUUGCUCAUUACCGAGCGUCCGACAUACGCGCAGUAUCGAUUAUGAUGCCGUUACGUAAGCAUUAAUAUUGUCAGCAUAACGUUAUGUAUCGCUCUCUGUGCCGCGCUACAACUUAUAAUUUAGCGACUACGAAUGUGAACCACUCGUUAAACGUUUAACGGGCUAUUUUUCUUGGCUGAUCGAGUCCAUUACGUUGGAACAACCCGACUCCCAUUUACAUGGAAACAUUCAGUAUGCAACGGCCGUUGAAUAUUCAUGGCGUCGCUGUCUUUGAAGUUACACAUUUCCUUGUAAACACAUUUGUGAACACACGUUUAGCGUGAACGUUUUCAUCCAGUUUCUUAAUAAUUCGUCUUUCUCGUUUGUUCGUCAUUCGAUUCCGCGAUUACCGUUGCCAUUGCACAGUGUUUUUGGGGUGUACACGAACCACCUACUGCGGUUUAUCUCUCGAGUGCAAAUGAUUAAUUUAUUAUAGAAACGUUAUCUAUCGCGAGGUUUCGUUAAAAUCAACCUAUGGACACGAAUAGCCGAAUCAUCGACGUUGCAGUUGUCUAUUCGUUGCAGUUUCCCGACGAUCGAUUACUCAAGCUCGGCAUUACGCUGAUUUUCCAAUGAUUUUGUACAGUCGACUAGAAUUAAUGAUACGAAAUACAGCUUUCUAUACACGUAUUAAGAGACACUUUAUUCCACGCAAACUUUUGAUGUUCACGAUUCAUCUACAUAAUAAGGCAUUGCAUUAUUUCGUCGAGUGUGUAUUUAAAAGCGUGCAGGUUGUCAAACUUGUCGUUCGAAGAGACGAGGUUUCGUUUUGGGAAUUCUGAUGCAUGGGGUAUUUUAGAAUUUUGGAAAGAUACAAGAGCUUUACGAGAAUUGGAGAAAGAAUUUAAUGAAUAAAAAUUGAUGGAACAGAAAGCGUUUAUUAUUCUCGAUACGAUACGAUACAUAUAAUAGUAAACAGAGCUUAACAAAUAAUAAUGGGGAUAUCUUGGAACAUGGUUUACGUUUAAUAACUUUUGAGUUCGUCUUAUGAAUUCUGAAACAUCCCUUAAAAAAAAAAAAUACAAAAUUGUCUCUUUUUAAAAUGUGUACUAAUGCGCUUGAAAACAUUGUUUUGAAAAAGUUGAGCUUUGUUUCGAAUCUUCUUUUGUUUUCGAAUGUUAUCAAACUGGCUCAAUAACACACCAAUUUGCAAACAAUUCAAUGCUUUAUUAUGUGUUUUAUGUACUUCGUAUUCUCGUCAACUAAUAACGUAUCUUUCAUAGAUUUAUAGCUGCCAAAUAUGUCCUGCGAUAAAUUCAGCGCGAUACGUCGACGCAAAGGACAGAUCGGAUAAACAACAAUUGCGUUUUCAAAAGACCCGUAGACAGUGUCGAACACAGACUAUCGUUUGGUAACCGACGUCAGCGAUAGGCAAAUUCAUAUCUAGAUAAAGAAAUUUGAAUUUCGAAAUUCAUUUUUAAAAAUUGAUACGAAUUGAGAAAUUUAUAGAGAAUGGAGUAUGGAUCGGUUUAGCUUUCGAGGGGCCCAACAGUCGAGCGAUUAAUCGCAGCGAGACUAUAUUUUCCUUCUUAUUGAAAGCUUCUUCGCGAUUUUCGUUUUCGUAACGAAGAACGGGACAAGGUUUAAGCGCGUUUACUGAUCGUCGGUGUCGACCAGAGGUGGGCAAAGUGGUUAUUUAGAUAGAAAUUUCAAAGAUGAACAACUUUUAAUCCAUGAUUUGUUCAAUGGAAAUUUAAUUAUAAGUGCAAUUUCAAU